AUGGAUUGGCUGAAGAAAAUAUUCACAGGCAAAGAUGACGCGACAAUCGCCAAAGAGAAGAAGAAUAAGCGCCUAAGCAAAGAACACAACAAGCGGGUUCGCGCGCGAGAAACGCAACUGAGACAGGAUGCAGAUGGAGGCGGGGCCAAAAACGCCAGACUCUUCUUCGGCUCUCAAGGAAUUACUUACGAUCACGCGAGACAUGGAAAGCGACCGAAGGAAGAUAAAGAUGUUUCUGGAUUUCUCAAUCAUGACAAAUAA